UAUAGGUGUGGCUCGACCCGAAGAGAAACAAUUGAAAAGGAAAAGCCACAAUAUGAAUCAGCCAUUCAGCUUGCUAAGUAGCUAAUUCAAAAAGACACUUCAUGGGAAGAUACCGUUCCUAUACAAGACAAGAGAAGACCAAGGAUUCACAGAUAUGGAUUCAGUACUAAUAUCUCAUCCCAUGAAAAAGGAAUUAGAGAAGGAAGAGAAAUAGUAAUAGAUCCUCCUUUGCUUCAAGCAGCCAAGUCAGGUUGCAUACAUAUUGUCAAAGAAAUACUCAAAGUAUACCCUCAAGCAAUUGGAUAUAUCAAUAAUCAAGGCCGAAAUAUAUUACAUGUAGCAAUUAAGAAUCGGCAGUUGGAAAUCUUUGAGUUUCUAAAGAAAAUGGAAAUACCAAUGCGGCAGGUGGCAGGGAAGGUCGACGAUGAAGGAAACACCAUGCUACACAUGGUAGGGAAAAGAAGAAAAGAUUAUGUGUCUGAAACGGUAGAAGGUCCUGGCUUUGUAUUGCAAGCUGAGUUGCUUUGGUAUGAGCGAGUUAAGGAAGUGACGGUUCCCCAUUUCUUAAAUCACCAGAACAAUAAGAAGUUCACUGCAGAAGGCUUAUCUGCUCUUACACAUAAUGAACUUCGUCUUCAAUCCAAAGAAUGGAUAAAGCGCACAGCAGAAGGAUGCUCAGAAAAUGCAGUUCUUAUUUCUACCGUCGCAUUUGCGGCUGCAUACACAGUACCAGGGGGUUCAGAUGAGAAAACUGGUUUUCCAAUCCUCAUCAAUCACCCUUUCUUUGUGGUUUUCACCAUAUCUGACGUUUGCGCUCUCACAUUAUCUUUGGCAUCUGUGGUUACAUUUCUGUCAAUCCUCGCAUCGCCAUUCAGAUUCCAAGAUUUCAAGCACUCACUUCCCAAUAAACUGACGCUAGGCUUCACAUUUAUGUUCCUGUCUGUGACCAUGAUGAUGGUAGCAUUUGUAGCAACAGUCAUGCUCAUGAUAAAAAAUAAGGAAAGUUGGGCCAAAGUUGCGCUAUACACCUUCUCUUUUAUCCCAAUUGGAAUCUUUGCACUAUCAUAUUUUCCUCAUUAUAUAACAACAGCAACAUCAAGAGCUUGCAAAUACUUGCACGAGAAGACAAAGCAGUUGAUUCCUCGAAAUAUUUUGGUUCCACUGAAGAAGAUCUGUUGCCUGUCCAACCGUCCCAAACCCGGAGAUACCACCUCUUUCAUUCCAUGAUUUCCUCUAGCAAUGCUGCUAGCUACAACAUAAGCUUGAAAUUUCUUUAUCAUUUGCAUGGAUAUCGUGUCCCUUAACAUAAUAUAUUCCCGCUGUUGGUUGAAAUAAAUGCUUAGAUUUAUUUUAUUAAGUUAUA